UCUUCCGGCCGGAGUUCUGCAGGUGACAUGGCUUUUCCGGGCCGUGUGUUCUUUGCUCGGGCGUCCCAGCUGCCCUGUGGCCUCGGCCCCCGGCGGUUUUUCAGUUAUGGAACAAAAAUAUUAUAUCAAAGCAUGGAAGCUUCACGGUCUAAAUUCUUUCCUCCCCUUCAAAAAGUGAUGCUGCCACCUAAUAGCUUUCAAGGAAAAGUGGCGUUCAUUACUGGAGGAGGUACUGGCCUUGGCAAAGCCAUGACAACUUUUCUGUCCAGCCUGGGUGCUCAAUGUGUGAUAGCCAGCAGGAAGAUUGAUGUUUUGAAAGCUACUGCAGAACAAAUUUCUUCUCAAACUGGAAAUAAGGUUCAUGCACUUCAGUGUGAUGUGAGGGAUCCUGAUAUGGUUCACAAGACUGUGUUGGAACUGAUCAAAGUCACAGGACUUCCUGAUAUCGUGAUAAACAACGCAGCAGGAAAUUUUAUUUCACCCACUGAAAGACUCUCUCCCAAUGCUUGGAAGACCAUAACAGACAUAGUUCUAAAUGGCACAGCCUAUGUGACGCUUGAAAUUGGAAAACAGCUUAUUAAAGCACAGAAAGGAGCAGCAUUUCUUGCCAUUACAACCAUUUAUGCUGAGACUGGAUCUGGUUUUGUAGUACCAAGUGCUUCUUCCAAAGCAGGUGUGGACGCCAUGAACAAGUCCCUUGCAGCUGAAUGGGGUAAAUAUGGAAUGCGAUUCAAUGUAAUUCAGCCGGGGCCUAUAAAAACUAAAGGUGCCUUUAGCCGUUUGGACCCAGCUGGGACAUUUGAGAAAGAAAUGAUUGACAGAAUUCCCUGUGGACGCCUGGGGACCAUGGAAGAACUUGCAAAUCUUGCUGUUUUUCUUUGUAGUGAUUAUGCUUCUUGGAUUAAUGGAGCAACUAUUAGAUUUGAUGGUGGAGAGGAAGUAUUUAUAUCAGGUGAAUUCAACAGCCUAAGGAAGGUCACCAAGGAGGAGUGGGACACAAUAGAGGGACUCAUCCGAAAGACAAAGGGCUCUUAAGAUCACUCUGGCCUUAAUCUUGGGUGCUGUAAAAUUUAGAGACUAAAAAUGAUAUAAAUUGACUGUAAUCUUUCAAGUAUUUUCAAGUCUAAUAAAUUGUCAAUUAACAAGCA